GUCUUAGCACAGCACCUGCACUUGCACGUCUUCUCGGCGCGUGCCAUGUCGACAGCUCUCAAAGAUUGGAAUACGCCUUGAAGUUGAAAAGGCGACAACAUCGACAUGUCGUUCCACUUCGACGCCCAAGCCGGCUCCGACGAUGACAGCGACACGGCCGUCGACUUGGCCGACUGGAAGUUGGGCACAGGAACACUCAAGGCACCGCGUCCUGCCCCUCCGCCACCAGCUCCCGUCGCGCCCAUGGUCGUGGGAAGCUCCAAGUCUGCUGCUGUCGUUCAAGUCCGGGACAGUUCGUCGCCAGAAGUGCUCAACGAAGAGUCUCCUCGCAAACGCCGCCGAACAACCACUUCGCCCUCGCCGCCCCCGCCCUGUCUCGGCUUCAAACCAAUCAAUGCCCCGUCGCAUCGCUCAUCCGGACCGAGUUCGAUAAAUCCUGUGAAUUCCGACGCAUCUCCGGAGGCUGAUACAUUGUUCGUAGAGAACGAGACUCCGAAGCGCGCAAAGGGCAAAGGGAGGGCAUAUGGAUCUGGACGAUCCAGAAGUCCCUCAAAAUUGGUGGUGGAGGUGUCAAGAAGAGAAGCCAGGAAAAUUCGUGAUUACGAUGAUCUGCGGCACGGCGCAGAACACGUUCGGAAGGUUCUGAGCGAACACUCCUAUGAAGAUGGAACGGUGCUUUACAAGGUCCAGUUCGGCAACUUUUAUGAUGACUUCGUGCCUUUCAACGACCUGCUCGACUACGACAACGGUGAAGAGGCUAUCGCAGAAUUCAACGAGGUCGGCCCGCCUGUUGAGCAGCCGGCACCAAGUCGAGGCGGCUCUCGCACAGGUCGGAACACUCGCGGUGGCAGGAUGUCUUCCUCGCGUCCGAACGCUGGCAAACGAAACAAUGAUGGUUUCGUGAGCACCGUUGACAACGUAAUCGACAGUGACGAAGAGCGUUCUGAGGAUGAGACGCAAGCUUCUCGCCUACUUCGCGGCCGCAAGCGCAAACAACAAGACAUCUCGCAAUACGUGGAUAUAGGCGAGCCUGAAGACGAAGACGAGGAAGACGACUACUCAGAAGAUGAGCUGCAGCGUCCCACUCGCGCCGCCCUUCGCAAAUCCAGCCGGUCUGCCAAUGGCCGUAGUAUGCGCACUCGCCGUCAAUCUACCGCAGUCAGCGAGGAGGACGACGAAGACGAUGACAGCGACAAUCUCCUCGCGUCCGACCUGCCCGGGACACGUCGGCGCAAACGUGGCCGUCCUGGACCACCAGCGAAGAAAGCUAAAAUAGCUCGUGAAGGAGCUCGCCACAGUUCACGCGCCACGAGACAUGUCGGUGGCAUGACCGAGGUUGAAGUUGACGACAUCUACCGAUCAGAGUCCGAGGAGCCUAAGCAGCCUUCCAAACCCAAGUCGGUUGGUGUUCGUGAAGUCUUCAAAGAUCUACCACGUAACAACGAGUUCCGCAUGCGACAUUCGCAGUAUUGCGAUGUGUGCGGAGAAGGCUCGAAUUUCGCGAAGCUCAUCUGUUGUCAAGGAUGUUCUCUGGUAUAUCACAAGCAGUGCCUGGGUCACCGAACCAAUCGCGAGCACUUGGUCACUAAAGUCGACGAGGACGAUUUUGUCUUGCAGUGCCGUCGCUGCGUGGCUUUUCCGCGAAAGAAAGAUCCAGCAGCUCCAGAUCAGGGCAAAUGUCAAGAUUGCAGACAGCACGGUGCAGCAUGUCGUCCGUUCAGACCACGCAAGUCUCCAACUCAAGAGCAGCGAGACCGGGAGGAGAACGAUGGCGUGGAUCCAAUAUACGAUGUUCCACCGGAGAAGAUCAACAACGUCGACACCGUCAUGUUCCGUUGCACGAAUUGCUUUCGGGCGUAUCACUACGAGCACCUGCCUUCUCGAGCCGACUAUGAUAUGAUGGAGCUGGAAGCUGAUCCUGAGCAACGAUUCCGCGAAUACAGUCGAGACUGGAAGUGUAAAGACUGCGUAGAAAUGCCUGCCAAGGUCUCAGGACUCAUCGCCUGGAAGCCUAUAGAUGAGGACCUCUACGACCCAGAGCGCGGUUUUGACGGACUUGAGGAAGAGGAUAAGGUGUACUUGGUCCGAUGGGACGGCAUGUCAUAUUUCCGGGCGAAAUGGAUGCCGGGCCCUUGGGUAUGGGGUGUAACGCCUUACAACACGCGCAAAGCAUUCAUGAAGCGCGAAGACACGCAACAUCCAAAGAUGCGCACAGAAGACGCUAUACCAGAAGAUUAUCUGCGCACCGAUAUCGUCCUCGACGUCAAAUUCACUAGCAUCGUGGACAUUAGCACCCAAGAGAUCGACAAGGCUCGCAUUCGGGAGGUAGACAAGGCCCUCAUCAAGUACAAAGGUCUCACAUACGAAGACGCAGUGUGGGAGACACCUCCAGGCCCAGACGAUGGCGAUAGAUGGACUGAUUUCGUGAUUGCCUACAACGACUGGGUGGCUGGACGCUACGUACGACAACCGAAACUCAACGCGCUCAAGACACGACUAGAGAAAGUCCGCAAGGAAGAUUUCCGCACUCUUGAGAAGACUUCGCAGCCAGAAACACUCGAGGGCGGCAAGUUGAUGGAGUAUCAGAUCCAGGGCAUGAACUGGCUUUACUACAAGUGGUUCACCCAAAAGAAUGCCAUUCUUGCAGAUGAAAUGGGCCUUGGAAAGACAAUUCAAAUCAUCGGAUUCCUAGCCACUUUGGUCCAAGAGCACAAUUGCUACCCCUUCCUGGUGGUUGUGCCCAACUCGACCUGUCCGAAUUGGCGACGAGAGAUCAAGCGAUGGGCACCAAGCCUGCGGGUAGUGGCCUUCUACGGCACGCGGGAGAGCAGAGAUCUCGCCAUGAAGCAUGAACUAUACCCUGAUGGCGCCAAAGAUCUCCGGUGCCACGUCGUUGUCACCAGUUACGAUGCCGCCGCAGACGACAACUGCCGAAAGUUCUUCAAGGGCGUGCAAUGGCAAGGCCUCAUUGUCGAUGAGGGUCAGCGUCUAAAGAAUGACAAGAAUCAGCUCUACAGCGCACUAGGUGCGCUGAAAUGUCCCUUCAAGGUUCUCCUUACCGGCACACCACUACAGAACAAUCAGCGCGAGCUGUUCAACCUACUCCAUUUCUUAGACGAUACGUUUGACGCAGCCGCUCUCGAAGAAGAGUUCGCUGAGCUUGAUCAAGAGAAGAUCGCCAAGCUGCACGACAUGAUCAAACCAUUCUUCUUGCGGCGCACAAAGGCACAGGUAUUGACGUUUCUGCCGCCCAUGGCUCAGGUCAUUGUCCCAGUCAGCAUGAGUAUUGUGCAGAAGAAGCUGUACCGAAGCAUUCUUGCGAAGAACCCCGACUUGAUGAAGGCCAUCUUCAGCGCCGAUGCCAAUUUGAAGCAAGGAGAGCGAGCAAGCUUGAGCAACAUUCUCAUGCAGUUGCGAAAGUGCUUGUGUCAUCCGUUCGUGUACAACAAGAGCAUCGAGGAUCGCCAUGUGGAUAUGGCAGCUUCACAUCGAAAUCUGGUGGAUGCAAGCUCAAAGCUCAAAUUACUGGAGCUCAUACUUCCGAAGCUCAAAGAACGCGGGCACCGAGUCCUUAUCUUCAGUCAGUUUCUCGAGAUGCUCGACUGUGUCGAGGACUUUAUGGACGGCAUGCAGUUGCGAUACCAGCGCCUCGAUGGUCAAAUCAGCUCGCUGAACAAGCAAAAGCGGAUUGACGAGUUCAAUGCACCCGACUCGCCAUUAUUUGCCUUCUUGCUCUCGACCCGUGCUGGCGGUGUGGGUAUCAAUCUGGCUACGGCAGAUACCGUCAUCAUCCUCGAUCCCGAUUUUAAUCCUCACCAAGACAUUCAAGCACUGUCACGUGCCCAUCGAAUUGGUCAGCAGAAGAAGGUCUUGUGCUUCCAGAUAGUGACUCGUGCCAGUGCGGAAGAGCGCAUCAUGCAGAUCGGCCGCAAGAAGCUUGCGCUUGAUCAUGUGCUCAUUCAAGAAAUGGACGCCGAUGACGCUGAGCAAACUGAUCUGGUGUCUGUUCUUCGCCAUGGUGCAAGCGAGCUGUUCGAGGAUGAUGGCGAGCAAGACAUCGUGUACGACUCCAUGGCCGUUGACAGGCUGAUCGAUUGUUCGCACAUGGAAGACACGAAGGCCGGCGAAGACAAGACCGCAGAGACCCAGUUCUCCUUUGCACGUGUGUGGGCGAACGGCGACGCGUCCCUCCAGGAUGCAGUCAACGAGGCUGAAGACUCCGUUCCAGAUCCUGGUGUAUGGGCGAACAUUCUCAAAGAACGCGAACGUAUCGCUGCGGAGGAAGCGACCGCGAAAGCUGAAGCAUUCGGGCGUGGACGUCGUGCUCGUGAGCGUAUCGAUUACGCUGGUGAGGGCGCUGAUGCGGAAGCUGUGGACCUGACACCCGUCAAGCGUCGCAAAAAGAAAGACACCGGAGGCGACAGCGACACCGAUUUCCAGGCCGACGAAAGUGACGAUGAUGCUGAUGAACCAGGUGAGGAUAUGGAGAACGGUGAGUUGCUGGACCUGGAGGCACCGCGUACUAAACCCUCUGCAGGCAAAAUCUCAAAAGACUAUCCCACAUUCAAGCGUGUCAUUGUACCUGCACCAAAUGCCUCGACUUCCACGGAUCCAACAGCAAAUGCACUCGCAGCAACGAACGGAGAGUCCAGCAUAUCCGGCGAAAAGUCGCACAAAGUCGAGCCACCUGGGAUCACAUGCAAAGCCUGUGGCCGCUAUCAUCCAGUUGGCAGCUGCCCCCUCAAACUUGCUGGUGUGGAGUUCUGCAAUCUGUGUGGCAUGGCUCAUUACGGUCAUGCUCGCGUGUGCCCACACAUUCAGUCAGAGACACAGGUGCGUGCUAUGCUGGAAGCCCUUAAGUACUCAAAUGAGCCAGAACACCUGGUCAACGAAGCGAGACGCUACUUGCGUGGGCUGAAGGGAAAUCUCGUGCAGCUCAAGAAGAAGAAAGAGGAACAGCAGCAUGCGCAACGCGAGGCUGCUUUUGCAGCACAACAGACUCAGAUGUACAACCAGGUCGGGUACAGCGUACCCUCGUGGGGUGGCUAUUGAACACCGUUGCAGAGCAUUGAGCGAGACGCGAAGCGUCAAAUCAGCUCGCGAGCUCACCGAGCAUCAGCUUCAGAUACCCAUUGAUGCAGCCAAAGAUUUGCUACGGCAGACUCAAUUGCAACUUGAGUGCAUCCUUCGCCACAAUUUCCUCCCUCUUCGCCUCCAAUUCCUUGACAUCCCAUUUCGCAUUCAACAACCUCCCACUA